AUGAGUGAAUAUAGCUUUUUUGCUUAAUUAUAUGCAUAAAUGAAUGAAUAAAAUUUAUAGAAUUCAUGGAUAGAUUAUGGAUUGGCUGAAGAAAAUAAAAUUUAUUUCUGCUAAUUGAAAGGUUUCAAAAAGGAAGAGAUAUCUGAGUACUUUAUAUAAUAAAUAUUAAUUAAUAAAUAAAAAAUCUUUCGUAAAGAAAAAGAAAACUUCAAAGAAGAAACAAACAAUCUCUAACUUUUAGCAAAUAUAACUAAGAUGUCUGACCAACCUGAACAAGCCCAACAACAAGCUAACUUAUAACAAUAAUAACAACCCCCCGUAUAGACUUAGGUUUUGCAAUAUCCUUUCUAAUACGUCCAAUAACCUUUGGUAUAAUCUUAAGUUGUUGCUCAACCCAUCUACACCAAUGGUCAAGUUCCUACUACUCAAUUCUUAGGAUCUACUUUGAUUUAGGGCGCUACCUAAUAAGUCAGUGCUGGCACCGUCCUCCACUAAUCUGGUGUCCAAGUUUCUGGCGUUCCCGUCUAAACUACCCUCUAAAGAGAAGUCGUUAAGGGUGAAUCUAGAAUCGAAUAUAUCCCUUACGAAAAGACUGUCAUUGAAUACGAAGCUGUCCAAAGAAUCGAAUACGUCCCCAAGGAAAAGAAGGUCACCGAUUACUACGCUGUUGAAUAUCAAACUGAAUACAUUCCUCAAGUUUACUAAGACAGAUAUAUUGAAUACGUUCCCACCGAAAGAGUUCAAGAAAGAGUUGAAUAUCAAGCCAUUGAAAAGCAAGUUGUCCACUAACCCGCUCAAGAAGUAUCUUAAGUUUACGUUUCUUAAGUCCCCGUGAGCUCUGUCUCUCAAGUCCCUGUUGCUCAACAAUUAACUUCUUCUCAAGUUCACGUUCUCCCUCCUACCCAAACUGUCAUUAGUGGUGGUCAAUAAGUUGCUUAUCAAAACUAAUCUUUUGCUUAUGCUCCCGUCCAACAAAGCGUUGUUUACACUACCCCCGCUCAACUCGGAUAAAGCGUUUACAGAGGUCCCACUGUCCUCACCAACAGCAUCGCCUAAAAGCCUGUUUAAUAGAAUGCUAAGAAGGAAGAAAAGACUUUCCUUGAAAGAAUCUUCGAGUGA